UAGUCGAGAUUUAAAUCAACGGAAUAUUUUAAAACAUUAAUAUGCAAAUUUUAAAUGCACAUUACAAACAGUUUAACUACAGCAGAAAUCUUAAAAUGGAUUUUUUCGCGUUUGCAAUGUGUAUGUAAGCAGUAAGCGUGGUUCACGACGUACUGAAUCAUGAAGAAUAUCUGGUAACAUUUUGCACUGUUGUAUACUUUUCUACUUGACUCUAGUUGUCGCAUGCACUUGGGAAAUUAUAGAGAGAACAAAUUGCACAUAAUAUAUAAAUCUAAAUUAUAGUAGACAUUGUACAGGGGACGAUCGAAUAUGGAAUGUAAGGCGUACAUGAUUCGAGCUCCAGUAGUUGGCAACGAGUCGCGGAUAGCGACAUAUCUAUGCGUAAAUUUCAUUUCGCUAAUUUUAAGGCAAUUGAUAUGCGAUUCUAGUAAUAUCGUUACAGAUUCUUUUUAGUCCAAACAUUUUUUAUCGCAAAAUAAUAGUAGUUUUUCGAAAUUUAGAAAUCUAAUAUGCUUUCGAUUCAUUUUCAAGUGCUGACAAUAUCAGGUGUAUGGUGUCCAAAUCAUUCAUCCUCUGUACAACGAAUAUUUUAUAAAUGUUAUUCUUUUAUCGUGGUUGUAUUGAUGUACAGUUUAGCGUUAUCACAGCUAGCCCGAAUCAUAUUCGUAAAACAGAGCUUCAACGAAUUUAAUGACACGUUUUUUAUAUCGCUAUCUACUAACUUUGCCUGUUUUAAAGCUGCGUCCAACUUGGUGAACCAAAAGCAAAUAGUCAGCUUGGUUAACAUGUUCAAGCACAACUGUUGCCUAGCUCACAAUGAUUCAGAGAGAAGCAUACAGAAGCAAUAUAACGACUCCUGCAGCAAAAUCAUCAUAAGUCUUCUGAUACUUGUAGAGACAAGCGCAUUUUUCGUGGUAGUAGCACCUCUGUGUGGCACCAUGGACAACCAGGAUCUUCCUUACCAAGUUUUAUUGCCCUACGAUCUUUCGAAUAAACUAUUCUUCUGGCUCACCUUUGUUCACCACAGUUUUGGAGCAGUUCUGUUUACGGCGAUUAGCAUCACGAACGACGCUGUUAUCACUGGAUUCAUGAUGCACGUUUGUGGACAGCUUAUCAUCCUGCAGCACAGAUUUGCACUGUUGUCGAGAAGCUUAGCUAAUGAAGUUUCUAAGAAGGGCAGAAUUACAGACUUUGAUAUGAUGCUAGAAAGACACUGGUUGAGGCAGAUCGUAUAUCAUCAGAAUCAUAUAAGCAAUAUUGCCAAAAAAAUAUGUUCGACAUUCAAUGAAAUUGUGAUCUGUCAGUUUUUCAUUAGUGGAUUAGAAAUUUGCGUAAGCGUUUACCAGCUGUCAGUUCGAAACAACAACACCGUUGAACUAUGCACAUACGCUAUCUAUCUAAUGGUAAUGCUAGGCCAGUUUUUCGUCUACUGCUACUUUGGUAACGAAAUAACGCUUCAAAGUAAAAUUACGCAUCGCGCAAUCUUCGAUAUAGAUUGGACUUCAUUUUCUUUGAGUUUGAAAAAAGAUUUGACGCUUAUAAUGCUUUAUUCGUCAAAACCUAUAGCGAUGUCCUGUGGUCCUUUUGCACACUUGACUCUAGAAUCAUUUACUAAUGUUAAGUUUCAUUUUAAACAGUUGACGUUUAAGAUAAUUCUUUUCUUAACGGUCGUCGACUACAGUGAACAUUUUUUUCUUUUUCAGAUCCUAAAAACAUCAUAUUCAAUUUUCAGCGUUUUAAAAACAGCGACAUGAUCGAGUUUAUGCAAAAUUUUUCAUGCAAACCGUGUUCAAAUAUUCUGACAUUUAAAAUUGUUAGAAGUAAUCUCAUUGUGUUUCUUUUAUCUAGUGUUAGUUAAGCUAAAAACAAUUGAAACCACUAUACCCCUAUAUUAAGACUGACUGUACAUCGUAUACGAGGGCUGAAUUAUAUAUCUCGCGAUAAAAUCGUACCAUUUCGCACAAUUAAUAUUCCUAAUACAUAGACGUAUGCAUUUUUGCGAAUAAAGUCUCUAAUUUUUUGUAA